AUGGCCUCCUUCAUUCUGGAUCAGGCUCUGUCUUCCUUCCUGCCCGAACGCUGCCCCCAGCAGGAGCUCCCCUCUCUGGACUUGGAUGGGUCUGACUUCAGCCUGUAUAGUCCUCCUCCUGAAGCGGACCCCUCUCCAAGGACCCCAUUAUCCUCCUACGGCAGACAGGACAUGGGCCUAGUCCCUGAAGGGCCCCCAGGAAUUGUUCCAGCUAUCCAAAACUUCUUUCCUCAUCUCCUGAACCUGGAUCCUGGAUCCUGGUUGUCCUCUGAGGAGCUGAUGAGUCUGGUCCGGCCCCCUUACUCCUACUCAGCCCUCAUAGCCAUGGCGAUUCAAAGCUCGCCCAACCAGAGGCUGACUCUCAGUCAGAUUUACCAGUACGUCUCUGAAAACUUCCCCUUUUACAGCCGGAACAAGGCUGGCUGGCAGAACUCCAUCCGGCACAACCUGUCGCUUAACGACUGCUUCCUGAAGGUUCCCCGGGAUGACGGCGAUCCAGGUAAAGGAAACUAUUGGACUCUGGACCCAAAAUGUGAGAAGAUGUUCGACAAUGGAAACUUCCGCCGAAAGAGGAAGAGGAAGUCUGAUCCCAGUGACAGCAAACCACCAUCAUCAUCCCCAUCACCGUCAGAGCCCAGCACCAAGCGUCCCAGCAUGCACUGCAGCAGCUUCCAGGACUCCCUCCCUCCUCCUCAUCAUGAGACUAUUUCCUCCUCCUGCUCCUCUGUGAACAUGCUGGCUCCUGAACAAGCCUCCCCUCCUCUUCCUGCUCCUCUUCCUCUUCCCCAGGGGUACCCCUACUCCUUCUCCCCCAGUGCUGUGGUACCUCAGUGGGACCCCUGCAGCCACUCUUCUCCUCUCUUCCCCUCCUCUCAGUGGACUCCUUCCUUCCUGGGCGACCAUCAGGACUACAUUGAGCUGCAGGCGGCAUCAGGUCCAGAACCUGGAUUCUCUGGGGUCUUCAGUGAAGCACUGGACACCUUACACCUCCAGCAGUGAAAAGGACUGAACAGACUGACCCAUAUUUAUCCAUUUAGAAUUA